AUGUUAAGAGAUGUUGGAGUGGAAUAGACACAUUAAUUAAUCGAUAAAAUAGAAAUGAGAGUUAAAAACUUUCUCAAGACUCAAUCUACAAAAUAAAUUCAACCAUUGCAAUUAAACAAUUCAAAUUUAGACUUUAAUAAUAGACAAAUAUCAAUGUAUUCAAAAAAAGAGAAAGGAGACUCCAAUAUUUUCAGUCAAUUAGAAAAUAUACCUCCAUAGAAAUAAUUGACUUAAUGUUCAAGAACAUCAGAUUGUUAAAUUCCAUUAUUAAAAGAAAUAUAAGAGAUUGAUCAAUCUUAUAAGGUAGAAAUAGAUUAACUAAAAAAUACAAUUGUACAAUUAAAAUAAGUUAUUGAUGAGUUAAAGGAAUGUGUUACUGGAUUAACAUUACAAUUAGAUUUCAAAUAAAAGUAAACAUUGUAUUUACUUUAGAGAAGUUGAUUAAAUAAAUAAAGAAAAUGAAAAUAAUAAAGUUCUAAUUUAGACUUUAAGAGAUGAAAAUUCAUAUCUAACAAGAGAAAUAUAAUAAUUAAUGAAUGUAUAAAAUCCAAGCAAUCCAAAAGUAAGUUCUUUAACACUUGAGGUUUAAGAAGAGAGAAAGAGAAGUGAAAAAUUAUAACUAGAAAUAAGUGAAAUCAAAUCUAGAGUUGAAAAACAAAGGGAUUCUGCAAAAACAAAUUCAGACUUUUAAAUAAUAGAAAAAUUAGUUCAUAAAUUAGAAGAAGCAUAGGAAUAAUAACAACGUUAAAAUCAAUAAUUUAUGAAAUACGUUAUAUAAUAUUUGGAAAAAUAAUAAAAUCAAUCAUUAAGACCAAGUUCGACAAUAUUAUAAAGUAAUCACAAAAAAUAAAAAUCUAGUUUAAAGAAGAAAUGA